UGUUUAAAUUAUAUUGGCGGCACAAAAUGAAAUGUUUGCUUGGCCUGAUCUACAGCUCGGACUACGAAUAACAAUCAUAUAUCUAUUCUUACUAUUAUCGAUUACGACCACAGCAAAUGCAACAAAACUGAACCACAUGCAACAAAGGCUUAACCAGAAUGCGCCUCCCAAUAAAGUAGUCAGUUGGAAGCGAAUGACAAACAGCAAAGUGAAUAUACCCCGUCUCUACACUGCUUACAGGGUACUGCUGGAUGAUAGGGGUGGUGGUGGUGGUGAAGUUAAGCUGGAUGUGGGUCAAAUAAGCAAAAAAGCGGCUAUAGCAGAAGAAAAUGAUGCCGAUACCAUUAAGAAACUUGUCGAAUCACACAAGACGCUGGACAAGCCAAUAAAAACAGAUAAGCAAAGCAACAAAGAUCUCAGGCUCGCCAAAAUGACUUUGGCUCCACCCUUUAAACUUGAUGACACAACUGAACGCACUUUACCCGAUGAAAACAACUCAAACGAUGUGGAAGAUGUCAAAAAGAAAUCUUAUAUGAAAAAGCUUAAAGAUAAGGACCAUCUUAUAGCCAAAACGAAGGUGCCUUCAAAAAACAAGGUAGAUUCCUCAAAAUCACCAAUCGACAUGAAUCCAGCUGAAAAGCGCAUUGUCGAGUUAAAUCAGAUAUAUACGGAUUUUAUGAAAGCUUGGCGAAACCCAACAUCAGAUUCCCAGGGUCUUAACCUCCUCGGCGAGAAGAACACAUUUCCAGUGCCUCCCGUUCGUCUAAGUGCCUUAAAUGAGCUUGUGAACAUUGUUGAGAAUCUUAAACAAUCAAAUCCUGUGGAUGAUAUUGUCAAAGCCAUCAAUGAUGAAAUGAAUCCCGAAAAAGAAUGUCUAAUCAGUACCAAUAAAUUAACAGCGAAUGAUAAUCCAAAGAGCUUACAAGCCCAUAGGCAGACAGCGAAAAAAUUCAAACGGGUGGCUCCCAAUGUGGACGAAGUAAAAACUGGCGGUCUUUAUGAAGAUUACAAGAAAAAACUCCAUGGCAUUUUGCAGGCGGACAAGCAUCCACCUAAAUUUCUAAAGGGAAAAUCACUUAAAGAAUUAACCCAAUGUCAUUGCGAUGAAGUGAAGACCGCUAAAAUAUCCAUCGAUGGUGGAGGCCCAAAAAUAUCGAAAGAUUCUGCUCCGUGUCACUGUGAGGCAACGAAAUCAGAAAGUGUAUCUGUCGAUGGAAAUACGGGUAAAAUGUCUAAUGGAUUAAUUCCUUGUCAUUGUGAGGCGAUGAAGGGUAUCAACAUGGCCGUUGUGCCAGAUGCAAGGAAGUCACAUAAUAAUAAGGAGCAUCUCAAACAGAUGGAAACUAGCAAGGAAAAUACAUUGAAUGACGGCUCCAAUCCUUAUUAUAUAUCGAACUCGAAGCAAAGGCAAAUGGUGUGGAAUGAAAUACCAUUGGUCAAGUCCGAUGGUAAAGACAAAUCCGAGCAACCAAUAUCGGGAGCACCUAAAGUCUUAGCUAAAAAUGCCCCAAAUCUUAACGAAGGGGAAUCAAAUGCAACAAAGGCUGUUCUUAACAAUAAAACCAUGCAAAAAAGUGGAACACAUUCAGCAACAUUCAUUAAAAAUCAAACGCAACUCCAGCAGAUCCUUAAAAUAUUUCAAACUAGACAUCACUGUAUAAAUGUGGAAAAAGCGCUAAAGCGCAGCUUGCCAAAUAACUUUGAUGCGACAGCCACAAAUAUAGCAUUUCCCGAAGUGCUUGUUAAUAAAAUUGGACAGGUGCCUGUGGCAGGCGGUGGUAAAAUGAUUGAGAGUAUGGCCAGGGAAUUGAAUGUGUCACCCGUGGAGAUGGCUCAGCGUAUAGCUGGCAUGGACUCCAAUUUGGCAAGCCAGACCAACGGACGCCAAAUGGUAAGCACAAUACCGAGUCUCAGAGAGGGAAUGAAUAAUGCGAAUUUAGCGCCGAUUUUGGAAAAGAUAUUACAACGUUUGCAGGCUAUGCAAGAUGCUAACUUGAAUCAGAGUACACAAGAACAUCUACCUUGCUGCUUUCCUGAUCCAACAGAUGGCGCUCCUUGUGAAUUAACAGGCUCCUGGGAGUCGCUAUUGCUUGGCAUACGUAUCAACAUCAAGGACGACAAUAAACCCAUUGUGAAGGAAAUUAAACCCACCUGCUAUCAACCGAAAGUGCGUCGACAGUGUGUUAAAUUUAGCCAAGCUCAAAUGAAGGAGCGCCUGGAAGAGAAGACAAAUAAAAUGACCCCAUUAAAUAUAACAAUACAGGAUACGUUGCCUCCUCGUGUGCAUAAUAUGAUAGAUAACAUAACCGAAUGGAUUUUCACGGGUCACACAAUUAAUACUCUGGGUGGACCUAUAACCUUAUCCUGUCGCAGACUCAACUCCAAUUUGAUGGGCACCUUUAUGGGCUUUUGUAAGAAAUGUGGUUGCAUCGAUACCAUCUUUGGCAGUUGGACUUUUUGUCUGCCCUCCCGCGAUUGUCAAGAUGUAACUAUGUCCAUAUUCGACAGACGGGAUAUUCUGCGACGCUUCCGGUUGGACGAUAUACGCAGGGAGCGAUUUAAGGAAAACCUAUACACCAAAUUUGGCAAGCAACAGACUAAAACAUAGAAAACACUGCCGAUGAUAUUUAAUAAUUAUCUGUUUUCAUUUUUAUUUGUUAUGCAUUUCUUUAUUUUGAUAUAUAUUUAUAC